GAGAGUUAGUAACACUGCUUUGUGAGUCUCCGUAUUGUUUCAACUUCAACUUCGCAACUACUCACUAGUUCAUAAUCUGUGUUCCUAUGUAAAUUUGAUUCGACCGUUUCUUGUUGGAUUUUUCAUCUAUUUUGAUUUCGGAUUUAUUAACCUACUAUAAACAUGUCCGAAAAACAUUUGAAAACCGGUGACGCAUUACCACCAUAUACCGGAAAAUUGCGGUUAUUUGCCAUGAGAUUUUGUCCGUAUGCAGAGAGGAGUGUGCUCGUUUUGAAUGCUAAGAAGUUAGAAUAUGAUUUAGUACAUAUUGAUCUUGACAAUAAGCCCGAAUGGAUUUUCAGCUUUAGUCCAAAAGGAACUGUACCUGCAUUGGAAUAUGAGGCUGGAAAAGCUAUUUUCGACAGCAAUGUAAUUAAUGUAUAUCUUGAUGAAAAAUAUCCUGAUCCUCCACUGCAAUCAUCAGAUCCAUUAAGAAGAGCCCAAGAUAAGCUCAUUGUGGAAUUGUUUGCAGCUGCUCAAUCCGCAUACUAUACUGCAGCGUUCAAUGCCCAAGCUCUUACCCCAACUUCUGCAGAAAAUUAUCACAAGGGACUAGAACUAUUGCAAAAAGAAAUUGAAGCUCGCAAUACAAAAUACUUGUUUGGAGACCAGCCUGGACUUGUUGAUUAUACUCUUUGGCCAUUUUUGGAGCGUUUCCUGGCUUUGCCACUGCUAGGAAAAUCUGAAUUUGCUAUUGAACAAGAUAAAUAUGCAGUUCUGUUGAAGUAUAUUGAAGCAAUGAAGAAUGUAGAUGCUGUAAAAGCAUAUUGCCUAGCUCCAGAUACUCAUGCUAAGUUCACUGAGUCACGGGCAAAGGGGAACCCAGAUUAUAACAUGCUUGAUACCAGCAAUGUGUGCUGCAUGCGCCCUAGGAAGAAGAAGGAAUAAGAUCAAGUUGAAACCUUGCUGCAUCCCUCUCCAUACAAGGGAAAUGCAUAAACAUUAUUGAAAGAUUUAAUUAAUUUUGCAUAAUACCUGUUAUUGAUUUUGGUGCAAUAAAGUACAAUUGUAAUUA